GAUAUCCCCACGUGUCAGUGAGAUUUAUUUUCUACGUAUAAGAGGAAGGUUUUGUGUUUUAAAAUCAGCACCCUUAUCAAUUUCCAUUCACAAGACCAGUCUUGGCGACUGAUUCGACAUAAAAUAAUAAUAAUUUGACAUGAAAACGCAAUCUACAAAUCAGAUAAUGUUCUUAUGGUUUUGAUUUUCUGCAGUGAUGCAUUACAUCGCAUGGUGUCAGUAUAAUAGAAAAAGUCAGCAUUGCAUGCGCUUGUCGUCAGCGUAUUUGGGUUCCACCUCUUGAUAGCUUCCUCAGUUCGACAUGAACACGGUCGUUUCUCAGCUUACUGCUGCCUUUGGAAAUACUCUGUUUGUCUUCAUGUCUGUCGCUGUAAGAAGAGGAUAAAUAUUAUCACACGUGGAGCUGUUGUUUGCGCUCAUUGCAAUGCAGUUUUGUUAUUGUGAAUGAUUAUUGAUGAUAUCGGGUUGAAACAUGGAACAAAGAAGAUGCGAGAGACGAAGGGAGCGAGGAUGUUUGCUCGGCUGCGUGGUUGCUGUGCUGUUGUGGAGCGUGGCCUCGGCACAAAUAAGAUAUUCCAUCUCUGAGGAAGUUAACGAAGGAACUGUGGUUGGAAAUAUAGCCAAGGAUCUAGGGUUGGAUAAAAACACAUUGAAAGACAGGAAGUAUCGGAUUGUUUCUAGUAAUGCCGAGCCUCUUUUCCAUGUCAAUCAAAACGAUGGCAUCCUGUAUGUGAGCAGGAAGAUUGACAGAGAAGAGGUGUGUGCGCAGAGCAGUACGUGUUUAAUAAAUCUGAAAACCGUUCUAGAAAACCCACUGGAGGUUCACUACGUUGGAGUGGAAGUUUUGGAUGUGAAUGAUCAUUCUCCCAUUUUCCCAGAGAGAGAGAAAACGUUGGAGAUUUUCGAGUCCGUGUUACCUGGAGUACGUGUCCCACUACAACAAGCACGAGAUCCAGACGGUGGACCUUUCUCUGUUCAGCAGUAUAAACUCACACCCAAUGACCAUUUCCGUUUGGAAGUUAAGGACAAGGGAGAAGAUGGUAAACUGCCUAUAUUAAUUGUGCAAAAAUCUUUAGAUAGAGAGACAGCGGGACGCCAUUCUUUGGUGCUUACAGCACUGGAUGGAGGGAAACCUCCGAAAUCUGGCGAAAUGUAUAUUCUCGUAAAUGUUUUGGAUAUUAAUGAUAACGCGCCUGUUUUCUCUCAAGAUCAAUAUUCUGUUAUGAUCGAUGAAAAUGCUCCGGUGGGUACAACAGUCAUACAAGUAAAUGCAACUGAUUUAGACGAGGGCUCAAACGGCGAAGUAGUUUACUCAUUUAGCAGUAUUGUGAACCGUAGGUUAUUAAAGCUUUUUGACAUCAACCCAUCCACGGGUGAAAUAUGUGUUAAAGACUCAAUAGACUAUGAGGAAAAGGACAAAUAUGAGAUUGAAAUUCAAGCAUCCGAUAAAGGAUUUGCUCCACUGGCUACACAAAAAAGCGUAAUAAUUAAAAUAGUUGACGUUAAUGAUAAUGCACCAGAGAUUGAAGUUACCUCGUUUUCAAGUUCAGUCCCUGAAGACUCCAGACCUGGAACUGCAGUAGCUCUAAUCAGUGUCAAUGACUUGGACUCUGGUCUAAAUGGAAAAGUUAUUUGCUCCAUAAAUGCGGAUGCUCCAUUUAUGUUACAACCAUCCUUACAAGAUAAAAUGUAUUCAUUAGUGACAAAAUCACCUCUGGACAGAGAGAAACAGUCACAUUAUGAACUGACAAUAACUGCAAAAGAUGCUGGUCAGCCUCCAUUAUCAUCUGAGAAGACAAUAAGCGUUGUGGUGGCAGAUGUGAAUGACAACAGUCCAGAGUUUGCACUGAGUCCUUAUACUUUCUAUGUGACUGAAGCUAAUGAACCAGGAGCCUCUGUGUUUUCUGUUAGAGCUUCUGAUCGAGAUGAGAACGACAACGCUCUUAUUUCAUAUCAUAUUCUCAGAGAUGGCAGAGAAGAAAAUAAAUUAGCUUCAUUUCUCAACAUAAACACUGAAAAUGGAGAUAUUUCAGCGCUGAAAAGUUUUGACUUUGAAACACUGAAAACGUUCCAGUUCCAAGUUGUCGCCACAGAUUCUGGAACUCCGUCACUAAGCAGCAACGUCACAGUGAACGUGUUCAUUCUGGAUCAGAACGACAACGCUCCAGUCAUCCUGUAUCCAGUCAGCUCUAACGGUUCUGCUGAAGGUGUGGAGGAGAUUCCCCGCAAUGUGAACGCAGGACACUUGGUGACUAAAGUCAGAGCCUAUGACGCUGAUAUAGGAUAUAACGGCUGGCUACUGUUUUCACUGCAGGAAGUUACUGACCACAGUCUCUUUGCUUUGGACCGCUAUACAGGACAGAUCAGAACACUUCGCUCAUUCACAGAGACAGACGAGGCUGAGCAUAAACUGAUCAUACUGGUGAAAGACAAUGGCAACGUUUCUCUCUCAGCAACAGCUACUGUGCUUGUCAAAGUUGUGGAGCCCAAAGAGGCUUUUGCUGCUUCUGAUGUUAAAAGUGCAACAAGAGAUGAGGAGGGGACUGAUGUGACUUUUUACCUCAUGAUAACUUUGGGAUCAGUUUCUGUACUUUUUAUCAUCAGUAUCAUCGUGUUGAUUGCAAUGCAGUGCUCCAAAUCCACAGAGUAUACUUCUAAAUAUCUACAAGAGACUAAUUAUGAUGGGACACUGUGUCACAGCAUCCAGUACAGAUCUGGAGACAAACGCUACAUGUUAGUUGGACCCAGAAUGAGUAUAGGAUCUACUAUAGUCCCGGGCAGCCAUGCCAACACACUAGUGCUCCCUGACAGGAGACGGCCAUCUGGAGAGGUAAGACUUUUGCUUGUAAAAACCGUGGCAGAGUCACAAUAG